AUGCUAAGACUGGCAAAGCUCACUGACUAUACCGGCUACGGUGCCAGCAAAACGUCUGGGAACGUACCAAGUCUACGAUCCGACUGGAAAUUUACAUGCAUAUUAUGGAUUUUGAACAAGAGUCAUUGCAUUCAGUUGCGCCGCCUGCUCAAACUCCUUGAUGCCGAGGCGGGUCAAUUCAUCAUAGGUCCAAUUGGCCUGGCAUGCCCCGGCCCAGAUCAGGUAACUGCUUAUCAUCGGCUCCGAGCUACACUAUCCACCCGCUAUGACCUAAUUGCCGUGCAUUUGGUACAGCGCAUUCGGCAAGCCUUAAUACCUUCCGUUGUCAGUUGGGCCGACCAGUUGGAGAAGGCAGAUACUAUUUGGUUGCAGUUCAGUCACCAAAUAGCAGGAUUGCCGCAACCCAUUGAUCUGCCGGCAUCUGGUGAUUGCACUGUCGAGACCAAACGGUUGGCGAAAAGCGUACGACGACGGAAAAAAUCAGCAUCGAAGGCUAAAGAGGGACAUGAUGAGCAAAUACGUGUUCAAUACUCAGUCGAUGCUUCGGAGGCUGUGGUAGAUUCGAAAGGGAAAUUUGGUAUCAAAACCGGACCAAAUUUCUGCGCCAACGAACCCGCUAACUCAUUUUCACAUACUCCAAGCAAAACUAUCAGCAGCGCUGUAGUAACUACUGGCCCUAGCACUUCAGCGACUGCUUCACAGCGGCGACGUCUAUUCGUCGUUUCUGAGAGGCUGUCGGCCUUGUCGGGUAGUCGUAACAAUGCACCUGAACGUGGAAGCAAAUUUGCGGUGGCAACGAGAGGAUUGACGGUGGCCGCACGUAUCAAGAAAGCCAGACAGGCUGCAGGAUCUGUAGCUAAAUCUCUACAUCAGGUAAUCUCAACCAAUGCUGCGGGUAUGACAUCGAAAGCUGAGACUUUGCGUCCUCAAUAUUCGGCGUCGAUUAUAGAAAAACCCAUGGCAUCAUUAGAAAGCAAGGCAUCAGAAAAACAGACGACUUUCGUUGGAAACUCCGAUUUAAAUAAGUGUGAAGAGAGCGCAUACGAAGAGGAAGAUGAAGACGAAAAUCAAGACGAGGACGAGACUACUGAUACCAUAGCUGAAUCUGGACUUUCUCUGUUGCAGGAGCUUGGCCCUGAGGUCUGUAUAGAAUUAAUGCAAAAGCAGAAAGAGCAAGUGGAGGUUAGUAUUUAUAUUUAG